UGUUGACUGACUCGGGGCUUCGGCUCGAGCUGCCACUGGCACACAAGCCGCCGUGUCCGAGUUAAAGCCGUUCAGAUGUCAAUAAAUGUAACUGUCGCUGUACAGCUGAAGCCACCGUUUCUGGCACAAGACGAUGAUUGACUGCAGAUGAAUCCCGUGUCACCGGACCAGUAACUGACGCGGUUUCAGCUAGCUUUAGCUUAAGUUGUAAGAUUGACAAGAUAGACGGCUGAAGUUCCUCCGGAGUGAGAUGGGUAACGUCGGGCUAACGAGAGGGAGUUUAUGUAGCAGGUUAGCCAGCUGAGCUCGACAUGGAAGGGUGAUUGUUUCCAGAUGGAGCGCUGCCAUAAAAUAAUUUGUUUAUUUUGGGCUGUAGUCUGAUUUUAAAGAGCUGAAGCAGCAGGGUCUGGUCAUAGGUGUCAAACUCUCGUCCUGGCUGCAGCGCUGGCCUAGAAGCUAGCAGCAAGCUAGCCAGCUGCACGCCUGGCUCUUCUACCAAAGUUGCAUGUUGUCGAUGGCCUCCUUUACAGCCAUGGACACUGUGACUGAGACAUGCCCUGCGGUGCACCAAAAUGGGACCGCCCAUCGGGGAUCUGCAGACACAAGGCCGGCUGCUGCUGCUGUCCUGAAGCUUCAUUUCUACCACAGUAGCCAAGGGACGGCCGACUGCAGCUUCCUCAGCUACCCUCCUGGAGAAUAUGUGGCUGAGGAGCUGUGUAUAGAUGCAGCCAAGGCGUGCAGUAUAUCACCUUUGUACUGCAACCUCUUUGGUCUCUUUCGAGAACGCGACCGCCUGUGGUUUUCACCCAACCACAUCUUCCAGCUUGACGAAGUUGCUUCUGAAGAUGUGUUUUUCAGAAUAAGGUACUACUUCCCUGGCUGGUACAGUGGUGGGGCAUCUCGUGCAUAUCGAUAUGGGGUUGCCAAGGGGUCAGAAAGCCCGGUCCUUGAUGACUUUGUAAUGUCUUACCUCUUCUCUCAGUGGAGGAACGACUUUGUCAACGGCUUUGUGAAGAUCCCUGACUCCCAUGAGACUCAAGAAGAGUGCCUCGGUAUGGCUGUGCUCGAUAUGACAAGAACAGCCAAAGAGAGACAGACGUCACCGCUGGACAUCUACCACACGAUAAGCUACAAGUCCUUCUUGCCAAAGGACAUGAGAGCUCAGAUACAGGACUGCAACUUCUUGACACGCAAGCGAAUCCGCUUCCGCUUCAAGCACUUCAUCCAGCAGUUCAGUCAGUGUCGGACCACAGCGCGCGACCUCAAGCUCAAGUACCUCAUCAGCAUGGAGUCCCUGGAGAGGGCUUUCUACACAGAGACCUUCCAGGUCAGAGAACCAUCCAGCGGACAGCUCGUCAUCCUGGUGGCAGCGGACAGCGGCAUCCAGUGGUGUCGAGAGAAACUAAAAGAUUCUGAUCAGAAGCUGCAGACCUUGUGUGACUUCCCUGAUGUCACUGACAUCAGCAUCAAACAGGCCAGCAAGGAGGUGGCUGCGGAGAGCCGGGUGGUCACCAUCAACAAACAAGAUGGCAAAAAUCUGGAGGUGGAGUUCCCCAGCCUGUCCGAGGCUCUCUCCUUUGUGUCUCUUAUCGAUGGCUACUAUCGGCUGACUACAGACGCACAUCACUACCUCUGCAAAGAAGUAGCUCCUCCUCGGCUCGUGGAGGCCAUCACUUCACAUUGCCACGGUCCCAUCUCAAUGGAGUUUGCCAUCAACCGGCUUCAGAGGUGUGGAAACAAACGAGGACUGUACAUUUUGAGAUGUAGCCCCAAAGACUUCAACAAAUAUUUUCUUACUUUCCCUGUUGAGGUGUAUAACGCUGUAGAAUACAAACACUGUCAGAUCACCAGGUCUGCCAGCGGGGAGUUCAACCUCAGUGGAACCAAAAGAAACUUCAGCAGCUUGCAGGAGCUUCUCAGCUGUUACCAAAAGGAAACUGUGCGCUCUGACAGCGUCAUUUUCCAGUUCAGCAAGUGCUGUCCACCGAAAUCCAAAGAAAAGUCCUGCCUCCUCGUGUGCAGGAACAACAAGGGCUCCGAAGUGCCUCUGUCUCCGUCUCUACAUCGACAUAACAUCAGUCAGAUGGUGUUUCACAAGAUCAGGAAAGAAGAUCUGGAAUUUAUGGAGAGUUUAGGUCAAGGAACUUUUACAAAGAUCUUCAAAGGGGUCCGAAAGGAGCUGGGAGAUUAUGGACUCCACCAAACUGAAGUUGUCAUGAAAGUCCUGGACCAGGCCCACAGGAACUACUCUGAGUCUUUCUUUGAAGCUGCCAGCAUGAUGAGCCAGCUGUCCCAUAAACAUCUGAUCCUAAACUAUGGCGUUUGUGUCUGUGGAGAAGAGAACAUCAUGGUGCAGGAGUAUGUGAAGUUUGGUUCGCUGGACAUCUACCUGAAGAAGAACAAGAACUCGAUAAACAUCCUGUGGAAGCUGGAGGUGGCUAAGCAGCUGGCCUGGGCUAUGAACUUCCUGGAAGAAAAGCAUCUUGUCCACGGGAAUAUCUGUGCUAAAAAUGUUCUUCUGAUCAGAGAGGAAGACCGGCGGGCUGGAAACCCCCCCUUCAUCAAACUGAGUGACCCUGGCAUCAGCAUCACCGUCCUGCCCAAAGAAAUCCUGAUCGAGAGGAUCCCCUGGGUGCCCCCUGAGUGCGUUGAGGACCCUGCCAACCUGAGCCUGGCUGCAGACAAGUGGAGUUUUGGCACCACACUGUGGGAGAUCUGCAGCGGUGGGGAGAAACCUUUAGCAACACUGGACAACUCUAAGAAAACCCUGUUCUACGAAGACCACCACCAACUUCCUGCACCAAAGUGGACUGAGCUGGCUAAUCUGAUAACCAGCUGCAUGGACUACGAGCCCACGUUCAGGCCCUCAUUUCGUGCUGUUAUCCGUGACCUCCACAGCCUCUUCACACCAGACUAUGAGCUGAUCGUGGACAGUGACAUCCUGCCAAACAGGACGGUGGGCUCUGGAUGGUCGACAGGCGGUUUUGAGAGCCAGGAGCCAGCUCAGUUUGAAGAAAGACACCUCAUAUUCCUACAGCAGCUUGGCAAGGGAAAUUUUGGCAGCGUGGAGAUGUGUCGAUAUGACCCUCUUCAAGACAACACCGGAGAAGUCGUGGCUGUGAAGAAACUCCAGCACAGCACCGCAGAGCACAUACGAGACUUUGAGCGAGAGAUAGAGAUCCUGAAAUCUCUACAGCAUGAAAACAUCGUCAAGUACAAAGGCGUUUGCUACAGUGCAGGACGACGAAAUCUCCGCCUCAUCAUGGAAUAUCUGCCCUUUGGAAGUCUGCGAGAUUACCUCAUGAAAAACAAGGAGAGGAUCGACCACAAGAAGCUCGUGCAUUACACUUCUCAGAUCUGCAAGGGAAUGGAGUACCUAUCUAGUAAGCGGUAUAUCCACAGAGACCUGGCAACACGGAAUAUCCUCGUGGAGAGUGAGCUGAGGGUCAAGAUCGGAGAUUUCGGCCUCACGAAAGUUUUGCCUCAGGACAAAGAGUACUACAUGGUCAAAGAGCCAGGAGAGAGUCCCAUAUUCUGGUACGCUCCUGAGUCGUUGACGGAGAGUAAAUUCUCAGUGGCGUCAGAUGUCUGGAGUUUUGGGGUGGUGCUCUAUGAACUCUUCACCCACAGUGACAAGAACUCCAGCCCUCCUGCAGUUUUUAUGUCCAUGAUGGGGAAUGACAAACAGGGACAGCUGAUUGUUUAUCACCUCAUCGAGCUCCUCAAAUCAGGCAGCAGGCUGCCUCAACCUCUCGGGUGUCCCGCUGAGAUACACGAGAUCAUGGAGGAGUGCUGGGACAACGACCCCGGCUUGCGUCCGUCUUUCAAGGAACUCUCCCUGCGCAUUGACCUGUUCAGGGACAGUAAGGAAUUUUAGACAGAAAAAAAUAACCCAAAGUGCCCUGCUCCUCUGCAACGGAGUCGCUCUUAACAUUGUUGCCCCGUUUGCGGUAAAGGCCAAAACGAGGUCCUGCUCCUGCUGAGUGCCAGCGUGUGGUGAAGCAGCGUGUGAUUGGAAUAGUGGUGGGUCCAAACUAGGACCAGCUCAGAAACUACUGCCAAGGUGCCUUUAAGCAAGGCAUUUGUAUGGUGGAGCAGAAUAGCAGCCGAGUGGAAGUGAAGACUUGGAUGCAAAGACCUGUUAAUGGUGAUGCUGGUUUGGUCAAACAUCCUGGAUAAAGUUUUAAAAGAAGAGUUCAGGAGUUUGUGGAGACUGUGAGUAGAAUAUUGCCAGGCCUAAAGCUAGAGACGCUUGUGUCAAACAAGUUGUGUGUGUGUGUGUGUGUGUGUGUGUGUGUGUGUGUGUGUGUGUGUGUGUGUGUGU